UUGAAUUCAAUUUUAGCGCCCAAACUUCGCGUGCUAAGCCCACAACUCCUAAACCAAACCCUUUCUUUCAUUCAAAAAUUCAAUCUUUCAUCUCCCCCUUUCGACCCCUCUUCCGAUUCAUCGCUAAUCAUGGGCUGUGCUUCUUCCCAUCUUCUGAACCACGACGACGAUUUCCCCCAACUGGGUGCCGCCGCUCUCACCCACCACAUCGUCUCCCUUACUUCCACCACUUAUGGCCUUCUUAACCUCGACCCACCUUCCGCUGCCACCCCAGCUCCGCCGCCCAGGUUCACCUUUGGCUCUGUUUUUCCCACUCCCCUCUCUGAACCUAAAUCUGAGCCGGAGGUUAUCAAUUCCUGGGAGCUCAUGGAUGGCCUCGAUGCCGACAGCUUUCGAUUCUCUCUUCUUUCUCAAUCUAAGAAAUUUGCUCUCAAGGAUUUUGAUUCCAACAAGGAGAAUUCCAAUCCCAAUUGCCCGAAUCAGAUCGUGGAAUCUGCUGUCCUUCGACCAUCGUCUCGAGCGGCUCUGACCCUUCCCGUGACAAUACCGUCCCCUGUGAAGCAUUUGUUCGACAGAUUUGAGGUACUCUGCCCACCGAGCGGGGAGCAUCGAGUGGUGGUAUACACGACAACCCUACGUGGGAUAAGAAAGACCUUUGAGGAAUGCAAUGCUGUGAGAGCAGCGAUCGAAGGCACUGGAGUUCAAAUCUGCGAGCGAGACGUGUCGAUGGAUCGAGGAUUCAGAGAAGAGCUAAAGGAAUUGAUGAAAGGGAGAGGGCAAGAAGCCAUGAUUCCUCCAAGAGUGUUCAUAAGAGGAAGGUACAUAGGGAAUGGUGAAAAAGUGUUGAAAAUGGUAGAAGAAGGAGUUUUAGGUGAAUUACUUGAAGGGCUACCAAAAAUCAAAGCUGGGUCGGUGUGUGAAGGGUGUGGGAAUGCAAGGUUUCUGCCAUGUUUUCAGUGCAAUGGGAGCUGUAAAUUGGUGAUGACAGUGAAAGAAGGAGGGCUUAAAAGGCUUGGCCAUGGCAAGGCUGUGGUUGUCAAAUGCCCUGAUUGCAAUGAAAAUGGCCUUGUCCUUUGCCCCAUAUGCAGCUGAUGGCUAAAACAAUGAGCAUUGUGAGUUCCAAAUCUUAAUAUACAUAUAUGAUGGUCUCUGUUGAAUCUGAUACAGAGCUGUUUGUGGUUUUACAAUAAAUCUGAGGUCAGUUCUUUGCUGAUUUAU